AUGAAGACUGAGCUCGACACAAUCCUCGAGGCCCUAUCCACUUGCGCAUCUGUCUUACAGGCGGCGCUUGAGGACGAGGGAGCUCCCUCUUUCAGGAGGGACGACCUCUCACACCACCCAUGGGACGGCGGCCUUCCAGGUCCUCGGGGCUGGUAUGCCCGGAAAGCCAUUGUCGGCCUCUGUCAGCGUAUCACGACCCUCGUGCAGGAUCCUUUUGAACGGUCUCAGAUCGAUUCCGCGGGCUUCGCUUUGACAGCCUCUUUGCAUACGGUGACACAAUGCGUUCCACCGACUGUUGCCGAGAUUGUACUGGCCAGUGGCAAGAAUGGGACGUCUUUGAAAGAGUUAGCAGAAAGAACAGAGCUGAACGAGACCAAGCUGCACUAUUUCAUGGAGAAGGAAGGAGGGUUCAUGGCCCCAACCCGCUCCACUAGGGCACUCCUCCCCGAAUCCUACGUCGGCGAUAUAGCUGGCCUCAUGAAUGCCGGCAUUGCAGCAGCGUCAAUGUUGAAGGAGACUGCAAAGUUGCCAUCGGACAGUCGGCAUCAGUGGCUCAAGGAGAAUCCGGAGGAAUUGGCGCCUUUCAGCCGUGCAAUGGACACCAUGGAAAAAAUGUUGGAUCCUGGACUUGUCGUCGACUUGCCAAUCGAAGAUUUCGGUCCGAACAUCACACUUGUCGAUAUUGGCGGGGGUGUUGGAGGAUUGACGAUGCAGUUCUUAAAGCGUUACCCUGGUUGGAAGGCAGUCCUGCAAGACCAGAAAGUCGUCAUUCCCCAAGCAGAAGCAUUCUGGAGGAAAGAAGCUCCCGAAAUCGUAGACGCAGGCAGAGUGACAUUCCUGGGGCAUAGCUUCUUUGAGCCGUUCCCUCUGCCGCCAGCCCCCGAGGAUUGCCCAUACGUCUUCAUGCUGAAGGAUGUCAUCCACGACUGGCCUGACGAUCUUACUACCAGGAUCUUAAAGGUAAGCAGAGAAGAGCAGCAUGAACUGGCGCUGAAGUAUAUCAGAACCUCCUGCCGGCUGCGCUGCCAGGACCCAAGCUCAUGA